AUGUUCCCACAAAGAAGAAGAAGCGGUCGUUGGACUGAGCAAGAAAAACAACUUCUUGAAACAUUGGUUCAGACUUAUGGUUAUAACUGGAGACUAAUCGCAAUACUUAUGCAGCAAACGCGCGAUCAGCGUCAAAUUCGGGAACAACGCAGAAUUACUCCAUCCGAAUCCCAAAGAAUUCAGGAUUUGUUUGUGCAAUAUGGUCGUCAGUGGAAACUUAUCGCAUCAUUUUUUCCCGGCUUCAGUCCUAUUAUGGUGCGUAAUCAUUGGAACAAUCUUCAGCGCAAACGAAUGAAUCAACUUCGCUCACAAAAUCAACAACCGGACUUUGCUCCAUUUGGAAGUUAUCAACAAUUGGAUCAUCAACCAGCUCUUGCUCCUCCUUCAGAUAGCAGUCGUGAGAAGAUGUCAAUACC